CGCAUCUCGUACUUAGCUUUCCUUGCAGACAUUCUGUGCAAAAUCCCUUGCGCUUUUGUUUCUUUUGUCGUUAUGAAUCAAAAUCGCGCAAAUUUCCAAGGGCGGCUGGAUUUCAUCCGGAAUCUUCUGCGCGAACGGUUCGGCGGCGGCGAAGCCAGGAUCGAUCCCAUCCAAUACGACCCGGAGAGUCCUUUCAAGUACAACAACUUCGUUUACCACAUCACUCUGCCUUCGCCGCCGUCCGCUGCCCGAGAUAAUACCAGCAAUGAAACGAGUCUGCCGGGCACCGCGCCGCUAUCAGAGGGCGCCAAAGAGUUUAUCAUGAGGCUCACCAACCCUGACGCCGAGGGAAUGCAUGCGCAUACCCGAGUGGAAAACGAGGUCGCCAUUAUUUCUCUCGCUGCUGCUGCUCUCAGUGGCUUCAAACCACACGUGGUUCCUUCCGUGUACGGUUGGGGAAGCGCAGCCCCGCCAUCCUCGCAAGGCUGGAUCCUCCAGGAGCUGAUGCCUGGGGCAUCAGUGAGCGAAGCAUUUAACAGCAUGCCCCUCGGGGAAAAGAAAAGCAUCCUUGCCCAGAUGGCCGAAAUUCUGAAGGCCUUGCAAGACUUCCAGCUUCCGAGCAGCAUCGAGCAGUACGGCGGGGUGACCUUCGAUGGCACCGGCCAGAUUGUAAGCACAGCGAUGACGAGCGUAGGUAGUGGGCCUUGGCUGUUGUAUGAGGACUACUUCAGAGACCGACUUGAACGCGCUCUGCAACAAGCAGACAGCAACCCCUACAUCAAGGGAUGGCAUGCAAAUGGGGUGAGGAAACGCCUUGAAGCCUUCGUUGAGAGCGGCGUUCCGGCCCAGUUCAAGGCCCUUGAGUCUAGGGAUGAUAAGGCCAUUGUCCAUGCCGACUUCACUCCGGACAACCUGCUCUAUGAUGCUUCCACCCAGCGCAUCACAGCCUUGAUCGAUUACGACUUCGCUUGCAUACUGCAUCCAUCCUACGAAUUCCUGCGCUCCUUCAGCGGCGCUGGAGGCCAAUUUCAAGGCUGGUCGGAUAUUGAAUCCAGCGAACAGACAGCGUUGCGAGACGCAAAGCUUCAUGGCUUCCCCUUGGCACUGCCUGAGAACGCAGAGGACGGCGUGAAGUGGGAUGUUGCCAAGAUUUGGGAGGAUGAGUUGGAGCGCCUCGACGUACAGCGACCGAGAACUAUCAAAGGCAUCGAAAAGGUUGCAGAUGUUGAUGCUGUUCUUCGCUCCAUCUUACCUUGGCGCGUUACAAACUCGGAUGUCUUGCGGCUGCAAUCUGAGGCCGUGAUACUGAAAUGCAGGGACGAGAACGAGGCUCAGCUGGUCAAGUUGCUGGAUCAUCUGGGGUUUUAAUUCCUUGGAUUGGAGUAGACGGACGUGGAUGUUAGCCACUAGGGAUUGGAAGACAGUGGUAAACAUAUUAUCAGUGGUCCACCCUCAGAGGGUUACCAUCUAGUUUAUCCUGAGACUCUUUCAUUCACGAAUAUCCAAUAAGGACUGGCAUGGCCGUAGCUUUUAGAUCAUCCAAUAUAAUAUAUCUCU